GUGGCCACUCUGAGCUCCUGCCCGUUCUCACAUGAAGACAUAAUCCGCAUUCGAACGGAACAAGCCUCGCCUGCAACGCCUUCUCCCCUCUCCCAUCUUUUCCUCCUAGUCCCGGAAAGCCACCGUCGCUCGAGGCUCGAGGGCUCGAGCAUGGAAGCGAGCUCGGUCCGCGCGAGCCCUCGGAAAGCGAAUUCGAGACUCGCGGCGUCGAUUCAGUCGCUCGACGCUGAUCUUCUCUGCAAGAUCUUCGCAUCCCUCGAUCAUUUCGAUCUAGUCCGUUGCUCUGCCGUCUGCAAAUCAUGGAAUUAUGCAGUCUGGACCUCUAGUUUAUUGAAAGAUCUAUUCUGCAAGAAACACAGGGGUUCUACAGGUCUUUGUAGUGUUUCUGUUCCUUGGGAAACAUCAUUGAAGACGUGUUUAGAGGAGUUUGCGAUGAAUCAGCAUAGAUCGUCCUUACUGAAUGGAUCUGUUGAAGCACAUCGAUGGAACAGUCACACUGUUGGGGUCAACCAGUGUCGUAUGAAGAUGGGCUCGAUUGUUACCGGUGUAGGAGAUAAGGUACUACGUAUGUGGUCUUCAGAAAGCUACAAAUGUCUGGGAGAGUAUUCUAUUCCAAACAUGGCUUCUUUAGUUGAUUUUGACUUCGAAGAGAGCAAGAUUGUUGGUCUGGUAGGAACCCGUAUAUGCAUCUGGAGGUGUCACGGCAAAAGAAGUAUGUUUCCUUCGAAAGAAGGUACAUUUUCACGAGGCUUAUGCAUGCGCUAUAUAGAUCCUGAGGCUGUUAUUGGAUGCGAAGAUGGGACAGCUCGUGUAUUUGAUAUGUAUAGUCAGCGUUGUUCUCGUAUUAUCAGGAUGCAUUCUGGGCCAAUAACAUGCUUGGCUUUGACUGAUGAGCUGAUUCUCAGUGGCUCUUCCCUUGGCAGUAUAACUGUCGCAGGUCUUUCAUCCGAUCAAAGGGUAGCUUGCCUGAAGUCGUCCACUGCUCCAACAGGUGUUCUUUAUGUGCUUGUACUAAAGGGCAUAAGGAGUUUAUGCUUUAACCCACGUUCUCAUUUAGUUUUUGCUGGAUCAACUGCCGGAUAUUCUCAUUGUUGGGACCUUCGGACAAUGAGACCUCUAUGGGAGAGGCGAAUAAGUCCAAAUGUCAUUUACUCCAUGCAAUAUAUGCAGAACGACACUUCGACACUAGUUGUCGGGGGUAUUGAUGGUGUGCUGCGUAUUUUGGAUCAGAACACAGGCAAAUUUCUUGCAGGUUAUGUGAUGGAUAAAAGUACCACAGCAGUGACCCCCUCUUGUAGUAGACUGGGCACUGUUGAGAAGAAAAAGGUGAAGGCUCUGCCAGAAGACGCCUGCAUUGAUGGUACACCAAGACACCUACGGCCACCCAUCACGUGUGUGGGUGUUGGAAUGAAGAAGGUUGUCACCACACACAAUGGCAAAUACAUCAUGAUGUGGAAAUUCAAAAAUUAGCUGGUAAUAUGCAGUUUUGCCCCAUUUAUUUCUCCUUUAAAUUAUAAUCUUCAACGCAUCCUCAAUUAAAUUGUCGUCCACUUGAUUAUUAGUUUUGGGUUGUUUCAAGUGAUACCAGAGGCAAACUAGUGCAUUUGAAUCCAUGUUGUGAACAAGAUGGUAUUAUUUAAGUUUUAACAUCACCUCUUUCUGAUAUUAAGACAUUGGUGUGGCCCACCUGGUAAUGUAAA